GAAGUGCUGAACGAAAAAUUUGGAAAGUUAAAGAUGAUGAUAAACAAGUAGCUGGUUAUAUAAAACAAGCACAUUCAUUUUAUGUUGCUUGGGUUCGAAAUGCUGGUCAUAUGGUACCAGCCGAUCAACCAAGAGCUGCAUUUGAUCUUAUUGAUCGAUUUGUAUCAGCUUAA